GGAAGAAAAAGACGAUACUGGUUUAAGGAGACCUUCAUCUGAGCACGAAGCAGUCAUGGCGGAAUAUUGGCUCAUUUCGGCUCCUGGUGACAAAACAUGUCAGCAGACUUGGGAAACCAUGAAUAAUCUCACCAGCAAACAGAAUAAUUUGUGCACAAAUUAUAAGUUCCACAUUCCUGAUUUGAAGGUUGGCACGCUGGAUCAGUUGGUAGGUCUGUCGGAUGAUUUGGGUAAACUGGAUGGGUUCGUUGAACAAGUUACCCGAAAGGUAGCUCAGUACUUGGGGGAAGUAUUAGAGGAUCAAAGAGAUAAACUGCAAGAAAACCUGAUGGCCAAUAACACCGAUUUGCCAAAUUAUCUAACGAGAUUCCAGUGGGACAUUGCCAAAUAUCCGAUAAAGCAGUCUCUCCGUAACAUUGCCGAUAUUAUCAGCAAGCAGGUCGGUCAGAUCGACGCCGAUCUCAAAACCAAGUCUUCGGCGUACAACAACUUGAAAGGCAGCCUCCAGAAUUUGGAAAAGAAGCAAACAGGGAGUUUAUUAUCUCGCAACUUGGCAGACUUGGUGAAGAAAGAACACUUUAUAUUGGAUUCGGAAUAUUUGCAAACACUCCUAGUUAUCGUGCCAAAACAGCAGUUCUCGGAGUGGAACGCCACUUAUGAAAAGAUCACCGACAUGAUCGUACCCCGUUCGACGCAGCUCAUCACCCAAGACAACGAGUACGGACUCUAUACCGUGACAUUGUUCAAGAAAGUCGUGGAGGAGUUCAAACUGCACGCCAGAGAAAAGAAGUUCAUCGUGCGCGACUUUAUUUAUAAUGAGGAAGAGUUGGCUGCGGGCAAGAAUGAAAUCACGAAACUCGUCACGGAUAAGAAGAAGCAGUUCGGUCCGCUAGUCAGAUGGUUGAAGGUGAACUUUAGCGAGUGCUUCUGCGCUUGGAUUCACGUGAAAGCUCUGAGAGUUUUUGUGGAGUCUGUGUUGAGAUAUGGUUUACCGGUCAAUUUCCAAGCCAUGCUAAUCCAUCCCAAUAAAAAGACAAUGAAACGGUUGAGGGACGUUUUGAAUCAGUUAUACGGCCAUCUAGAUAGUAGCGCUGCCCUUUCUGGGCCCAAUUUUGAUAGCGUCGACAUUCCAGGCUUAGGUUUCGGCCAAUCAGAGUAUUACCCUUACGUAUAUUACAAGAUAAACGUGGACAUGAUUGAAGCAAAGAUCUAGAUCCCAAUAACGGUUGCUCAUGUCCACCAGAAUUAUGUUAGGUUCCAAAAGUUUUUAAAACUCAACGUACUAUGAAAAUCUUAAUAAUUUUUCUGUCGAAGCACACUUAUUUUAAAAGUAGGGCUGUUUAUUGGAGUUUCCCCCUCUGAGUUUCGUCUGGAUGUAUAUAAAUAGUAUUUUUACAAUACCAGGAUGUGCAGUUUAUAAUGUAACAUCAAAUUUUUGACAAUAUUUGCAAAUUUUUACGAUGAAAAUUUUUCAUUGUACUGGAGCAGUAUUGAUUUUAUUGUAUAAAUGUAUAUACAAGAAGAGCGUAAACAAUAAUUAACUUGUCUUUUGCCUUUGAGCUAUUUUUAUCAUAAGAAUUCCAUAAUGUAAUAUAGUUUCAGGUUAGCGAGUAACAUUUUUUUCGAAAGUAAGUGGUGUUGAGAUUAUUCGUUCCACUGUAAUUGUUAGAGUAUCAAUAAAGAAUUGAACUGUUCAAAC